AAAUACAGAAACCGCGCGCACCAAGUGACACACACACACACACACCUCACCCGGCUGCGCUCCGAAUUUUGGAUAGAAAAGGAGCCCCACGGCAGGACUAUUCGCUCAGCUACUGUAGCGACUCCGGCAAAGGCCCGACUGCUUAAAAUGUGGAUGUUGUAUGAAUUAUGGCCAAUGGAACGGGAACAAUUAUGCUGAAAUGCGUGGUGGUCGGAGACGGCGCUGUGGGCAAAACUUGCCUUCUGAUGAGCUACGCGAACGACGCCUUCCCGGAGGAGUACGUCCCGACGGUGUUCGACCACUACGCGGUGAGCGUCACAGUCGGAGGGAAACAGUACCUGUUAGGCCUUUACGACACGGCAGGUCAGGAAGACUAUGAUCGUCUGAGGCCUUUAUCAUAUCCAAUGACGGAUGUCUUUCUCAUCUGCUUCUCUGUGGUCAACCCAGCCUCGUUUCAGAAUGUGAAAGAAGAAUGGGUGCCAGAGCUCAAAGAGUAUGCUCCAAGUGUCCCGUUUCUACUCAUAGGAACCCAGAUUGACCUGCGAGACGAUCCCAAAACCAUUGCAAAACUCAACGACAUGAAGGAAAAGCCAAUUGUCUUAGAGCAAGGGCAGAAACUGGCUAAGGAGAUUGGUGCCUACUGCUAUGUGGAAUGCUCUGCUUUAACACAAAAAGGCCUGAAGACUGUUUUUGAUGAAGCCAUAAUUGCCAUCUUGACCCCAAAGAGAAAUGCCCUGAAAAAGAGACUAGGCUCCAGGUGCAUAAACUGUUGUCUAAUUACAUGAGAAAUGGGGAGUGAAGAAGAAGAAGAAGAGACUGCAAAGCAAAAGGAAGUGCCAAACAGAGCCUCCGAGUCAGGCUAUGAUUUUCAAAGAGCUCUGUGCUUGACCAGUGCAUUCUGUACCGCUUUUCAAAACCCCUUGCCCACACCCCCCAACUCUACAAUUCAAUAGCACAGGAAAAAGGGCAAAGCAGCACACACUUUUAUAAAAUUAAUUUAAUAUGUUCUGAAAGUGUCCUCCCUCAGGCAUGUUUUGUCCAGGAUUUAACCCACUCAAUGCCUUACCAGCUUUUACACCAAUCUUCUCUACACUGAAGAAACUCUUAUGUCUAAGAAGCGAGGUUGUCUGUAAGACAUUCUGCAGAGGUUCAGUUGCUUUAAAAAUAUAAACAAAGAGGAAAAAAAUGUCAUCGAGUUUAACACUCAUCAGGCUAGUGGCAAAGGGGCUGCCCGAACCCACACAGACUUCUUUUUAUCCUCUGCCGUGGAGUGGUGCCAUCAUCCGUCACUGGGACUCACUGUUCCGUUUGCAGCUUUAUUUGCUCUUAUAGGUCAGAUGCUUCCUGUACCAGUAAAUCCAUGAGGGUGCAACGAGGAGUCCCAUGACGAAGCCAAAAGUUGCCCCCAGUGUGCAGGAGACUGGCCAGACCUGCCCAAACAGAAAAACACAACAUCAAUAGAAGCACAAUAUAAGCAUUCAGUUCAGUCCAAGCUAUCGCUUCUUCUCAUUAGCCUGUGGUAGAGCCCCCAUUGCCGAACAGCACUUUCAUAACGACGGGAAAUUUGAAUACAAGACUGUAGCUAUCCAGUAAGUCCACAGUUGGAAUUGGAUGCUGGAGGUUUCUUAACACAGCUUUGCCUGUGUUUGGAUUUCAAUGCAAAGUGACACAAAAAGAGUGACUAAACACUAUUUGCUGUAAGCUUUUUUUAUUCAAUGCACAUUAAAUGCAACGAAGAUAGUUUUAUUUGGCUAUUAAAGGUUAGUAGUACAUCUACAGUGUAACUGUAGAUUUUUGUUUUCUUCCUUAAUCACUCCCCAGGAUGUAUUUUAAACUGAAUAAAAAAAAAACUACAAAGCUUUA